UCCCAGAAACCCCCAGGUAACCCAACCGGGAAGUAGAUUGAGAGCGCGGAAUAGUCAAAAAAUAGCAUGCGUGCCUCGAACCUGCACUUUUUAACAGCGUUGACCAUUCAUGAGCGAUGUAACUGAGUAACGUUGGAAUAAUGUGCAACUGGUGCCAGUGUAAAGUUGCUCGUACCUUGUUUGCCUAUUAUGAUUAGAAUAAUAUCUGAAAUCGGGCCCUAACGCGGGCGUAUUGGAGGUUGCUAGCUAGCUAGCUAACUAGCUAGCAUCAGUAAUAAUUCUCCAUUACUUCUGGCUUGGAACAUCAAACAAUAGCCCAAACUGAACACGGGCACAAUUAACAAAAUGUCUAGCUUUAACUUCGGAUCGACGACUAUUGGGGCGCCCGCCGCCGGUGGGGGCUUUGCGUUUGGUGGGGCGACCAGUGCGCCCGCACCUGCAGCCAAUGCCGGCUUUAGCUUUGGUAAUGCACUGGGCGCAGCGUCUGCCGCUCCGGCAGCGGCCGCAGCCACUCCAGCCCUCAGUCUCUUCGGCCAGAAACCCACAGGAGGCUUCUCUUUCAGCACACCUGCCGCAGGUGCUGUGGCACCCACUGUUGGGCUUACAUUAGGAGCCCCUGCGGCUGCGACCGCCACCGCCGGCUUCAGCCUGGCCUUCAACAAGCCCGCUGCUUCAGCCGGGCCCUUCUCGCUCACAGCCCCCACCGCCGCCGCAGCCCCGGCCUCCACGGGCCUGAUGCUGGGCUCCAUGCUGGGCUCCAUGGCCCCUCAGCAGCAGCAGCAGCCGGCCAUCUCGGGCUUCGGCAUGGGACUCGGAAGCAUGGCCGCCAGCAGUGCGGCCCCCGCAGGCUUCUCGUUGGGCAACAGUCUCUUUGCAAACGCUGGGGCUGGUAUGGGCCAGACCACACUGGGAGGAGCGGCCCUGACCCUGGGUUCUCUGGUAGCCCCCCAAGCCGCCGCUCCCGCUCCCAGCAUGGGACUGGGUGGGGUGGACUUCAGCACGUCCUCGGAGAAGAAGAACGACAAGUCAUCGGGCGCCAAUCCUCAGGACAGUAAAGCAUUGAAAGAUGAGAACCUGCCUCCAAUCAUCUGUCAGGAUGUGGAGAAUUUCCAAAAGUUUGUGAAGGAGCAGAAGCAGGUUCAGGAGGACAUCAGCCGGAUGUCCUCCAAGUCCAUGGGCAAAGUGCAGGAGGACAUCAAGAGCCUCAAGCAGCUGCUCUCGGUCAGCGCCAGCGGCCUGCAGCGGCAGGCCCUGGCCAUAGAGAAGCUGAAGAUGGAGACCGCACAGGAGCUGAAAAACGCUGACAUAGCGCUGCGCACCCAGAAGAUCCCCCCCGGGUUGCAACACGAGAACACUGCUCCCGCAGACUAUUUCCGCUGCCUGGUGGAGCAGUUUGAGGUGCAGCUCCAGCAAUACAGGCGGCAGAUCGAGGAGUUGGAGAACCACCUUACCACGCAGGGCAGCGGCUCACACAUCACCCCUCAGGACCUGUCCAUGGCCAUGCAGAAGUUAUACCAAACCUUUGUGGCACAGGCCGCACAGUUGCAGUCUGUCCACGAGAACGUAAAGAUCCUGAAGCACCAGUAUCUGUCGUACCGACGGGCCUUCCUGGAGGACUCCACCGACGUGUUUGAGUCCAAGCGGGCCUCCAACAGGAAAUGGCAGAGCACGCCGCGCCUCACCACCGGUCCCGCCCCCUUCUCCAGCGUGCCCAACGCCGCGGCGGUUGCCAUGGCAGCCACGCUCACGCAACAGCAACAGCCUGCUCCAGGGUCCCAGGCACCCUUGGGUGCAGGGUUCGGGAACCCCUUUGCCUCGGGAGUCGGUACUAACCUGGGCUCUUCCAGCCUUGGAGGUUAUGGUGGGGGUCCGGGGUUUGGCGGGGUGGGAACGGGGGGCUCCACUUUCGGCUUCUCCACCAGUAAGCCCACAGGAGGCAGUCUGAGUGCAGGCUUCGGUAGCAGCAACACCUCGGGCUUCAACUUCAGCAGCCCGGGCCUCAACGCCUCGGCCGGGCUGACGUUCGGCGUCUCCAACCCCCCUGCGGUGGGCUUCGGUACGCCGGGCGCCCUCCAGCUCAAGAAGCCCCCCGUAGGCAAUAAGAGGGGCAAGAGAUAGAAACGUCAGCGUCGACCACUGAGAGAACGAGAAAAACAUCGAGAACAUAAAAACACAUUGAGAGUUACAUACCUUAAGUUGUGGUUAGGCAAAUUGGCCCUCGGAGAUUGUUGCGUCUCCCAUCUGCUAACAUUAACAGCAUCUGGAUCUGAGGUUAGAGCACAAAAGCGACAGCAUUUUGAACAUGUUUUUGCUUAGUUUUAUCAAACUAUUUUCAUCUCCCACAAUUGAAUUGUAGUUGCCAGUGUAGCUCGUCUUUAUAUAUGGUUUCCUGUAUUGGUUUUAAAUGUUUUUCUUUGGAAGUUCCUAAGAUGUAUAGUACAAGUGAGUUUUGUGGGGUGUUCAGUGCUAGCAGUUGUGGCUUCACUGACGGAAUGUAUCUGCUGUUUAGACCUACGGACGUAUAUCGUCCACUUUUGAGAGACGGUGUAGUGUGGUCAUUGUUUACCUUUUACGGGAAAGUGUCACCAUCGACUACACAGGGGGAUACGUCAUUCGGUCUGAUGGGAAGGUAGCGUUUAGCUGCUUGCGUUGCAUUGAAAGCAUGACUUCGUCCAUUGGCAUCGGCUCGGUAUUGCUGCUCGAGUACCUUUGCUUUUAAGCACCGCAGUGCUUUUAGUAAUGCUGAACUUAAUAAAUACAGGUGAUGCGUCAAGUAUUCAAGAAAAUCGCCAGGGAACAUUUUCAUCCUGGGUCAUUUGCAUAAUUCAGAUAAGACUCCUUACCAUUAAACAAUUGUAAUAAAUUUCAAGCAAGGAACCACCAAUUAUGUUACUUAAAGCGGAUACAAGGGAAUGAAUGUGUGUGGUUUCAACCUGACAGAACGGUUGGGGCGUUUCCAUCUCAAAAUGUAAUCUGAUUCAAGACUUUUGUAGGGACAGGAGACGGUACCCCAGGAAGGGUCUUUUUUGGGGCGGGGGGGAUAAGCACAGUUUUAUUUUUGUAUCCACUGGAGAAAACCUUAAUUUUGUUAGGAGGGUAACCAGCACAUGGGGGGGAGUAGUCCCUGAAGUCCAGACAACCCUAUGUUGUCGUCUCUAUAGCGUCCAGCCAGUUUUGUAAGAUUGUGUUCCAAACACACUUUCUGUGACUGUUGAAAUGUCUACCAACGCGGGGCAAACCGAAUUGGAAGGAAUAUUUUGUUUGCACUUGCUAGAGAAUGUGCUGGCAGUGACUUUGUGAAUGUGCCUGCUGUCAUGUACUAGUAUGAAAUAUAGUCUGUCUAUCGUUUGACGUCUUAUUUUGUCCUGAUGAGUCUGACAUUUUUAUUUUUUUUUUUCUCUAUUCAAACAUCUGUCUGCUACCAAAUACUUGGACUUGUGAUAUUUUUCCCCCCAUUUUUCUGUUGGUGUCAACCUGUAUUUUCAACAACUUCUCUUUAUAAAUAAAGUACUUGAGAUGUCUGCCUUCUAAA